AUGGAGGUCUGUGUUGGGACUAUUUUGUUCAUCACUUUUUUCUCUGUUUUCUUUUACCUUCGAAAAUCACGAAGCCAUGAAGGUUUUAGACUCUACCCUGUUGUCGGAGUUCUGCCGCUGUUCUUAUUGAACCGGCACCGUUUUCUGGACUGGACGACGGAGGUCCUCCGCAACAGUCGGAACAACACGGCGGUAUUCCGCCGGCCAGGGGGUAUCACCGGCGUCAUGACGGGAAACCCAGAUGUGGUGGAGCAUAUACUGAAGACCCAGUUUGAGAACUACUCGAAAGGGGAACGAUUGGUUUCGCUUAUGGAGGAUUUUUUGGGGUCUGGAAUUUUCAACUCCGACGGCGAAAUUUGGAGGAUUCAACGGAAAAUGGCGAGUUAUGAAUUCAGCACCAAAUCGCUGAGAAAUUUCGUCACGGAAAAUGUUGUAAUUGAGAUUCAAACGAAGCUGAUUCCUCUGUUGGAAAAGGCUUCUGAAACAGAGCAGAUUUUGGAUUUUCAAGACGUUUUUGAACGAUUUGCGUUUGAUAAUGUCUGUAAAUUAUCGUUCAAUUUCGACCCUGGUUGUCUCGGCGGCGAUGCAACUUCCGCCACCGAGUUCAUGCUCGCUUUUGAGACCGCCGCCACUCUAAUUUCCGGCAGAUUUAGGUAUGCAAUUCCUAAAUGGUACAAGAUCAAGAAAUUUUUCAAUUUGGGAUCAGAGAGAACCCUGAAGAAAUCCAUAUCGAUAGUUCAUAAAUUUGUAGACAACAUCAUACGCUCAAGAAUGGAAGAGAAAACGACCGAAAACAAGGAUGACAAAGAUUUAUUAUCUCGGUUCAUGGCCGACAAACAAAAUUCCCCAAAAUUCCUCCGAGACAUAGCCAUAAGCUUCAUCCUCGCCGGUCGAGACACCACUUCUUCAGCUCUAACAUGGUUCUUUUGGAUCAUAUCCACCCGACCAGACAUCAAACAAAAGAUCCUUAAAGAACUCAAAACCAUCAGGUCUAAAACUAGUAACCAAAUCGGAGAAACCUUCCACAUCGACGAACUCCGGGACAUGCAUUAUCUCCAAGCAACAUUGUCGGAGACACUCCGGUUAUACCCACCGGUGCCGGUGGACCCAAAAGCUUGUCGAGGCGACGAUGUCCUACCGGACGGGACGGUUGUCGGGAAGAAUUGGUUUGUGAUGUACCAUGCAUAUGCAAUGGGGAGAAUGGAGAGCAUUUGGGGGAAGAAUUGUGAGGAGUUUUGGCCGGAAAGGUGGCUGGAAAAUGGGGUUUGUAGGGGUGAGAGCCCUUUUAGGUUCCCUAUAUUCCAUGCAGGGCCGAGGACGUGCGUGGGGAAAGACAUGGCUUAUGUUCAGAUGAAGGCCAUAGUUGCAGCUGUGAUGGAGAGGUUUGAGGUCAUAAUCAUGAAGAAGGAGACUCCAAAGCAUUAUCAGUCAUUGACUUUGAGGAUGGAGAACGGGUUGCAAGUUAUGGUCGAAAAGAGGUCAAUAUAA